GAUCUUGACGGCGAACCACCCAACCAGCCACUCACUCACUCCGAGUUCACGCCGUGAAUUACUAGCGGCGGCAGGCAGGCAGCAAGCAGCUCGGUAACCACACGCCUCUCCCUUCUCGUCCGCCCCAACCAAGAAACGAGGGAUGCAGGGGGGCGGCGGCGUGAGCUGCGCGGUUGCCGGCGAGGCGGCGGCGCCCCGGUCCCGGCGCCGGCUGGGCCUGACCAUCGACCUGGCGGGCGACGUGGAGGCCCCCGCAGAGCGCGUCGGUCGGCUGGUCCGCGAGAGCCCCGUGGUGAUCUUCGCCCGGCGCGGGUGCUGCAUGUGCCACGUGAUGCGGCGGCUGCUGGCGGCCGUGGGCGCGCACGCGACGGUGAUCGAGGUGGAGGAGGCCGCCGAGGAGGAAGCCGCGGCGUCGGCGGCCGCCGCCGCCGCCGUGCCGGCGCUGUUCGUGGGCGGCGCGCCCGUGGGCGGGCUGGACGGGCUCAUGGGGCUCCACCUCAGCGGCCUCCUCGUCCCGCGCCUCCGCGAGGUUGGCGCGCUCUGCGGCUAGGCCGGUGAGGCGGCGACCCCCGCCGGCGCGCGGCCUGCUAGUGCUGGGUCGCUCGCUCUGCUUGCUUUGGGCUCUGUAGAUACACGGGUACGUUACGUUACGUAAUUUAGGGGGAAGUCGAGGGGGGUAUGGAGCAAAAUGGCCGGUGACGUUUGUAGGACGUCGUGUGCGUUCGCUUCGCUGUGCUUCAGUGCUUGUGGCCUUGUGCUUUGCUGUGGGGGCUGGAGGUGAGAGGGUUGGCUCAAGUGGAGGGCCUCUGUGAGAAAUGUCUGGGUCUAAAUGUAAUUAAUACGUUUUCCUCUUCAAGCGUCGUCAAUUUCUCUGUC